AUGCCGGACAAUGAAGACAAGUAUCACUGGGCACUAUUGGUUGCACCCAAGAACGAGGACAAUGAACCGACUGGGACGCGAUAUCAUGCUAAGAAUGCGCCUGGUCGAAGCACGUGGAUUUUCGAAGAAAAGUCGACGUCAAUGAACGCCACGAACAUGAUACUCGUUCGUGUUAUGAUUGGCAAGAUUAACGACCCUCAAGCUCUAGCCACAAAGUUACGUCAAGUGCCGAUCGUCAACAACGACCCUGGUUGGAACUGUGUCACCUGGUUACGAAGCGCACUGGCAUUGAUCGCACAAGACGUUUCUCUCAUGGGAACAUCUUCGCUUGGAUGGGAAGCAGUCAAAGCGACAGCUUUACAAUACUGUGAGCAAAAGGCGGCACAAGGCCGUUUCAAUGGCACAAGCAAAUUUGACACGUCGAAGGUGCCUACCUUUGACCUACUUCAGGGGAAGGAGACAACAAAGUGA